AUGGAUGGCCGCUCGUCGAGAGCCGAAUCCGUAGCCUCGACGGCACGAGUGACGCGGUCCUCGCCGCUGAAGCGUAGAGUGCAAGAAUACGAAGUCGACGGAGAAGAGACCAAUAUCAAUGUUGUUGUGCGGUGCAGAGGGCGCAAUGACCGCGAAGUGCGCGAGAACAGCGGCGUCGUCGUGUCGACCAACGGAAUCAAGGGCACCACGAUAGAUCUGUCCAUGGGGCCCAGCGCCCUCAGCAAUAAGACGUACCAGUUCGACAAGGUUUUUUCUCCGGCAGCCGACCAGAACAUGGUUUUUGACGAGGUCGUGUCGCCGAUCCUGGACGAGGUGGUUGAUGGUUUCAAUUGCACCAUUUUUGCCUAUGGCCAGACCGGUACCGGCAAGACUUACACAAUGACUGGUGACAUUUCCAACGUCCUGCCACUCCCCGACGCUGCCGGUAUUAUACCGCGUGUACUGCACGCGCUCUUCGCUCGCCUCGAGGCGGACGAGAUUGAGAAUUCUGUCAAGUGCUCCUUUAUCGAAUUGUACAACGAGGAGCUGCGCGACCUGCUGUCCCCCGACGAUGCCACAAAGCUCAAAAUCUACGACGACAAUAGCAAAAAGGGCUCCACGACUACCUUGGUGCAGGGCAUGGAGGAGUGCCAUCUGAAGAAUGCUUCGGACGGUAUUGCGCUCCUGGCCAGCGGAAGCCACAAGCGACAAGUCGCAGCGACAAAAUGCAACGAUCUGAGUUCACGCAGUCACACCGUCUUCACAAUUACUGUGUACAUCAAGCGAACAUCAGAAGACGGUCAGGAAUAUCUGAGCGCUGGAAAGCUCAACCUGGUCGAUCUUGCUGGUAGCGAAAACAUCCAACGCAGUGGAGCCGAGAACAAGCGCGCUGCUGAAGCCGGUCUGAUCAACAAGAGUCUGCUAACACUAGGUCGCGUUAUUAACGCGCUUGUCGAGCGCAGCUCUCACAUUCCGUACAGGGAGUCGAAGCUGACCCGACUGCUGCAAGACUCACUAGGCGGACGAACCAAGACGUGCAUCAUUGCGACCCUCUCGCCAGCUAAGAGCAACCUCGAGGAAACCAUCUCCACCCUGGACUACGCUUUCCGUGCGAAGAACAUUCGGAACAAACCCCAGGUCAAUCAACCCAUCAAUAAAAAGACCUUGCUCAAAGAGUACACGGUCGAGAUUGAGAAGCUGAAAAGCGAGCUGAUAGCGACACGGCAACGAAACGGUGUCUAUCUUACGCAAGAAAAUUACGACGAGAUCACGACAGUAAGCGAGUCGAGGCGAAUCCUGAGCGAAGAACAGCGUGAAAGGCUCGAGACCAUGGAGGUCAACCUCCGUAACAAGGUGGAGGAUCUGUUCAAGCUGACGACCAACUUUCAAACACUCAAGAAGGACAACGAGCAGACACAACUGGCCUUGAAUAGUACCAAGAGCAUUCUUGACAAGACGGAGAUUGUUCUGGGCCACACUCGUCAGAACCUCGAAGAGGAGACGGAGCUGCGCAAGGCGCACCAAAAGACAGAGGAAGAGCUGGCCGAAGUAGGCAGGGACAUGAUAUCAACGCUAGGCAAGACAACAUCAGCGAUCGAUGGCUUGAGGUCCAAAAUCCGUCGAAAGUCCGAGCUUCAGUCGCAGAAUCGGCGCAAUUGGAAUUCUUCGCAAACACAGGUUGUCGACACCACCCGUCUCGUGGAGGACCGGAUCGAAGAGUUCCAGCACCAGCAAGAGGAACUCAUGGAUGCCAUUUCAGAGCGCAUGCAGAUAUUUGUCAGGGAUGAACUUGAAAAGUUGGGCGCCUCGCAGGCUUUCUUGCAAGAGAAGAUGGAAGCGUACCAAGCGUCUGAAAAUGAAGUCAAUGGACAAACCGCCGAAGCGCGUGAUCACAUGAACCAAGUUCUAGAGGAGAUCAAGACGCUGCGUGAGGAUGUAAAGACCAAGAUUGGUGCAGGGCUGGACGAACUUUCUGCUGCAGCAGAGACCAUAUCGGCAAACAUCAUCACCGAGCUGGACGCCUUCCACACACAGGUCCACUCAUCGUACGCGAGCCUCGGUCGCGACUUUAAGACAACAUUCGACGACCUGGUCAAGGAUCUGAACGACCAACAGGCAGAAAACGAGCGACUCCAUCAGCAGGUCGUAGAGGCCAACACAGCUGUGAUUGAGGCGAACAAGGCGACCGAGGACCAGCUUGCAAGGGUCGUUGAAGAAGAGAAGCAGAAGUCUGCCGAGGAUCGCCAACAACUGUUGGCACAAAUCACUGCUCUCAUGACUGCAAACGCUGAUGCACAAGAGAAGAGACUAGAAGAAAGGCUUUCAACAGUGCGUCAGGAGAUUGCUGCGGCUAACACUGCGUUUGAGGCCAAGCAGGGCGCCUACACUGAAGGUGUCAGCGCGUGGUCAGAGAAGUCGAGAGACAUCCUAGCGGGUGUGUCCAAGUCGAGAGAGGCUGUCAAGACGAAGAUCAAGUCCGACUUUGCUACUGCGACCCAACAUUCCACCUCAAUCAAAGACACAACCACCUCUGUACACGAAAGCACUGUCAAGACAGUUGAAGCCCAAAUGGCGCAUCUGGACACGCAAUUGCAGUCUUUGGACGACAUUGUUUCUCGCAUCCGUGAGCAGAACAAUGCUCACCAUGCUGCACAUACUACCUCGCUCGCCGCCCUAUCUUCGACAGUAGGCGCCUCCUACUCGAGCAUAGGAGACCAUUUGUCUUCUUCGUUUGAUCGCGUUCAGUCUCUUGAGUCUGACAUGUCGACACACACUGUCACGCUGAAGGAGACUUUGCCAUCAUUGGCGGCUGAGUCGGACAUCCGCGCGCCGCUCCACGAGCUGCGUGAGGCUGUCAGCAGCCAGAACCUCCUCGAGUACAAUCCCACUGGCGAGACGCCUCAACGCGUAUCCUACAACAUCCCCUCGAAUCUUCCGCGCACUGAGGCCCAUGAGAACAUCAUCUCUCGCCUCCGAAAUCGCCCCACAUCAGCCGACGGCACAGCCCGCAGUCCCUCCAAGCAACCAAUUUUCAAUGAUGCAACCAACUCGCUUAGUCUUGCUUCACCGACUUCAUUGUUUUCUCCUACUGCCACCAAGACGGAUUUCUUUCCCUCGAUCAGUGCGCACGCCCACACCAUCUCGCACUUUACCUCGGGAGGAGGCAACCCCUCUUCCCUGCGGGAGCUAGAUGUUAACGUGGUAGCCCAGGAAUCACACACGCAACCUCUUCCCCAUCUCGCAUCCCAAUCCUCCUCGGAAUCGCUAGCCAGCGGUAUUCCGCCAAAUAAGAAGAUGCGCAUGAGCGGUGAAGAGGCGAGCAAGCUGCCGAUGAAGAAGAUGAGAAAGACUGUUGGCGUUGCUGGUGACAAGGUUGACCGGGAGAACAUUACGAACUUUGGCAACAGCGUUGGCCCUGGGUUGGCUGCGGGAAGGAGGCUGAGAAGUCACGGGAGCACAUAG